AUGGAACUUUGCCAGACGUCUAGCUGUUUACAUAGUCCAAUCGCCAUUUGUCUACACUGUCAACAGCAUUUAUGUGUUGAACAUCUUUUACAACAUAAUGAACAAUUAGUUUGCCAAGCAAAUAUUCAGUGUGAUGAAUUUAAUAGAAUAACUGAACAAAUUGAAAAAAUGUCAUUCAAUGAACAGUUUACAUCUGCUGAAGAAGAUUUAAAUGAUUGGCUCAAUGAUCAAAUGAAAAAAUUAGAUAAAGUUUAUGAAGAAAAAUUAUUUCUAUUAAAGCAAGCCCAGUCAGAAGUUGAAGAGAAACUAAAAGCAUUUAAACAAACCCAACGAUUAAAAAUAGCCGAUGUACAACGUCGAUUGUUUAAUUCUCAAUUAAAUAAACAGAUUAAUCUCGAACAAUUAAAUCAAAUGAAAACAACUAUUGAACAAUUACGUGAAGAUAUUCAUCAAUUUAGAACAAAUGACUGUUCAAUAACUUUAAUUAAUAAUGAUCAAAUGAAUUAUUCUUAUAAACCUAACAUUGAUAUACAAUUGAAAAACAAGAUUUUAAAUGGCAAUGAAAUCAUAACUGAAGUUGAUAAUGGUUUAAAUCAAACAUGUGAUAAGUUAAGAAAAUAUCAAUUACGAGCAGAGGCAAAGCCAUUUGAAUAUAUACGAAAAAUGCCACAUUAUGAUUCUAAUUCAUCUAUUCGACAAAAAGAUUUUCACACUCAACUAUUUGAAGCAAAAAUAAAUUAUGUUCAAUAG